GGCGCGGCUGGUUUGAGGCUAGCUCUGGGCUGGCGACUCUGGAGACGCCGUUGGGUGCUCCAGGCUGAUCUCUCGCACCUGCCCACACCCGGCACCUACGGACUCACCUGGCCCCUGGUGCUCGGGUCCCCAUCCCCCGCUGCCGCAUCCCAAGCCGGACUCCGCGGGCCUGGAACGUGGCGGGGGUCUAAUAUGCCCAGAGCCGAGGCGCGAUGAAGGAGAAGUCCAAAAAUGCGGCCAAAACCAGGAGAGAGAAGGAAAAUGGCGAGUUUUACGAGCUGGCCAAGCUGCUCCCGCUGCCGUCGGCCAUCACCUCGCAGCUGGACAAAGCGUCCAUCAUCCGACUCACUACGAGCUACUUGAAGAUGCGCGCGGUCUUCCCGGAAGGUUUAGGAGACGCGUGGGGACAGCCGAGCAGGACAGGCCCCCUGGACAGCGUCGCCAAGGAGCUCGGAUCGCAUCUCCUGCAGACCUUGGACGGAUUUGUUUUUGUGGUAGCAUCUGAUGGCAAAAUCAUGUAUAUAUCCGAGACAGCUUCUGUUCACUUAGGCUUGUCCCAGGUAGAGCUCACAGGCAACAGUAUCUAUGAGUACAUCCAUCCUUCUGACCAUGACGAGAUGACUGCAGUCCUCACGGCUCAUCCCCCUCUCCACCAUCACCUACUCCAAGAGUACGAGAUAGAGAGGUCCUUCUUUCUUCGAAUGAAGUGCGUCUUGGCAAAAAGAAAUGCAGGCCUGACGUGCAGCGGAUACAAGGUCAUCCACUGCAGUGGCUACUUGAAGAUCAGGCAGUAUAUGCUGGACAUGUCCCUGUACGACUCCUGUUACCAGAUUGUGGGGCUGGUGGCUGUGGGGCAGUCGCUGCCACCCAGUGCCAUCACAGAGAUCAAACUGCACAGCAACAUGUUCAUGUUCAGAGCCAGCCUCGACCUGAAGCUCAUCUUCCUGGAUUCCAGGGUGACCGAGCUCACAGGCUACGAGCCACAGGACCUGAUUGAAAAGACGCUGUACCACCACGUGCAUGGCUGUGACACCUUCCACCUCCGCUAUGCCCACCACCUCCUGCUUGUGAAGGGCCAGGUCACCACCAAAUACUACCGACUGCUGUCCAAACUGGGCGGCUGGGUGUGGGUGCAGAGCUACGCCACCGUGGUGCACAACAGCCGCUCCUCCCGGCCCCACUGCAUCGUGAGUGUCAAUUAUGUUCUCACGGAUAUUGAAUACAAGGAACUUCAACUGUCACUGGAGCAGGUGUCCACUUGCAAGUCCCAGGACUCCUGGAGGACCACCUUGUCUACCUCACAGGAAACUAGGAAAUUAGCUAAACCCAAAAAUACGAAGAUGAAGGCAAAGCUGAGAACAAACCCCUACCCGCCGCAGCAAUAUAGCUCGUUCCAAAUGGACAAACUGGAGUGCAGCCAGCUGGGAAACUGGAGAGCCAGUUCCCCGACGAAUGCUCCAGUUCCCCCAGAACAGCAGCUCCAUUCAGAAGGGAGUGACCUUCUGUACACGCCGCCCUACAGCCUCCCCUUCUCCUACCAUUAUGGACACUUUCCUCUGGACUCUCACGUCUUCAGUAGCAAGAAGCCAGUGUUGCCCGCCAAGUUUGGGCAGCCCCAAGGAUCCCCGUGUGAGGUGGCACGCUUCUUCCUGAGCACGCUGCCAGCUAGCAGCGAAUGCCAGUGGCAUUGUGCCAACCCCCUAGUGCCUAGCAGCCCAUCGGCAGCUAAAAAUCUUUCUGAGCCGCCCGUGAACGUUGCCCGGCAUGGACUUGUGCCAAACUAUGAAGCGCCCGCCACCACGCGCAGGUUCGGGGAGGACACCGCGCCCCUGCCGCCGCCACCGCCACCGCCACCGCCACCGCCACCACCACCGCCCAGCUUCCCGAGCUGCGGCCACUACCGCGACGAGCCAGUGCUAGGCCCGGCCAAGGCGGCUGCGCCCGGCUCGGCCGGCCUGGGCUGCGGCCCGGGAGCCCCAGCCGCCAGUUCGCUGAGGCCCCGGCACCCCGGCCCCGCCGCCGCCUCUCCCCGGCCGCACUACCUGGGCGCCUCGGUCAUCAUCACCAACGGCAGGUGA